AUGCUCGGCCGUCUUACUCACUACGCAUUUGAUGCUGUUCUUUUCUCCGCCUUCCUGGCUGGUGUCAAGCGUUCCACAGGCCUAACAUAUGAGCCUCGCAUAAAAAGUUUCCAAUAUAUACCCAAGAGAGGACCGACUUGGCUAACUCUGUUGACCCCCGCGCCACCCUAUCGGUCGGGUCGCGUGUGUGCGGGGGCCGUUCAUAGCCCCAGUGUGAAAACCGAACAGAUCUCCGACAACAAAGAUGUGAAGAAAUGGAUUGAUAACUACCUCGGUGUUGGCGAGUGGGUUAUGGAUCAAUCAGUGGCUGUCAUGGGAUCCUCCAGCUGGUUCGAACGCAGACGAUAA